CAUUACACAGACCCACACCACGGCACCGCUAGACAGCCCACCCUCCACCUCGCGCCUCCAAAACCCUUCCCUCUCCUCACCCCGUCCUAGGGUUCGCGCCGCCGCGUCUUGCCGCGCCGCGCCGCCCCCGCCGCAGCCAUGGGGUCGUCGCUCCCGCCCAAGGAGGCCAACCUCUUCAAAGUCAUCGUCAAAUCGUAUGAGACUAAGCAAUAUAAGAAAGGGCUUAAGGCUGCAGAUUCUAUUUUAAAAAAAUUCCCAGAGCAUGGCGAAACACUAUCAAUGAAGGGUUUGACGCUAAACUGCAUGGACCGUAAAUCUGAAGCAUAUGAACUUGUUCGACGUGGUCUGAAGAAUGAUCUGAAGAGUCAUGUCUGCUGGCAUGUCUACGGAUUACUUUACCGAUCAGACAGAGAAUACAGAGAAGCUAUAAAAUGUUACAGAAAUGCUUUGAGGAUUGAUCCGGAUAACAUAGAAAUUCUUCGUGACUUGUCACUUCUCCAGGCACAAAUGAGGGACUUGUCUGGUUUUGUUGAGACUAGGCAACAACUUUUGUCCUUGAAGCCAAAUCACCGCAUGAACUGGAUUGGUUUUGCGGUUGCUCAUCAUUUGAAUUCCAAUUCCUCCAAGGCAGUAGAAGUAUUGGAGGCAUAUGAGGGGACACUGGAAGAUGAUUAUCCUCCAGACAACGAGCGAUAUGAACACAGUGAAAUGCUGCUGUAUAAGAUAUCAUUGUUUGAGGAAUGUGGGAUGCUAGACAGAGCCCUUGAGGAAAUGCAGAAGAAGGAGAGCAAGAUUGUUGACAAGCUAUCAUUUAAAGAACAAAUGGCAUCCGUUUUGUUCAAACUUGGCUGCUUUGAUGAAUCUGAGAGCAUUUACAGAUCACUGCUUUUCAUGAACCCUGAUAACUACAAAUACUUUAUAGCUGUGCAGAAGUGCCUUGGCCUAUACUCUGAUAAUGGUCAAUAUUCUGCUGAUGAUGUUGAGCGCUUAAGUGCAUUAUACAACUCACUUAAAGAAAAGUAUGCUUGGUCAUCUGCUGUUAAGCGCAUCCCUCUUGAUUUCCUGGAAGGUGAGAAGUUCCAGGAGGCAGCAGACAGUUAUGUCAGACCUCUAUUAACUAAGGGUGUGCCUUCACUGUUUUCUGAUUUAAGCCCACUGUACGAGCAUCCUGGCAAGGCAAACAUACUGGAGCAGUUAUUUCUUAAAAUAGAAGAUUCCAUUAGGACUUCUGGAUGCUUUCCAGGAAGCCCACAAAAGGAGCCUCCUUCCACACUAUUGUGGACUUUGUUUUUGAUUUCCCAGCACUAUGACAGAAGAGGCCAGUAUGAGAUUGCUUUUAAUAAAAUUAAUGAGGCUAUAUCACAUACACCAACUGUCAUCGAUUUAUAUUCAGUCAAGGGAAAGAUAUUGCAGCAUGCUGGCAAUUUUGCAGCAGCAGCCGCAUUAGCAGAUGAAGCUAGGUCCAUGGAUCUUGCUGAUCGCUAUUUAAACAGCGAGUGUGUUAUGCAGAUGCUUCAGGCUGACCAGGUUGGGCUGGCGGAGAAGACUGCCGUCUUGUUUACAAAAGAUGGUGAUCAACACAAUAAUCUUCAUGACAUGCAGUGCAUGUGGUAUGAACUUGCUUCUGGUGAGAGUUAUUUCCGUCAAGGUGAUCUCGGCAGGGCCCUAAAAAAUUUCUUAGCUGUUGAAAAGCAUUACGCUGAUAUGACUGAAGAUCAAUUUGACUUCCAUUCGUAUUGCUUACGGAAAAUGACACUUCGAGCAUAUGUUUCUAUGCUGAAGUUUCAAGAUCGUUUGCAUGCUCAUGAAUACUUCCACAAGGCUGCUGCUGGAGCUAUCAGGUGCUAUAUGAAACUACAUGAUUCUCCAACAAAAUCUUCUACUGAGGAAAAUGAUGAGAUAUCAAAACUACCACCUGCUCAGAGGAAGAAAUUGAGGCAAAAGCAGAAGAAAGCAGAAGCGCGUGCUAAAAGGGAGGCUGAAGAGAAACAGGAGGAUGAAACAGCAUCAUCCAACACUUCAAAAUCUGGAAAGAAACAAAAUGCAAGACCUGUUGAUCUGGACCCACAUGGUGAAAAAUUAGUUCAGAUUGAGGAUCCGCUUGCAGAAGCCACGAAAUACUUGAAGCUCCUGCAGAAUAACUCGUCAAGCUCAUUAGAGACCCAUAUACUUUCAUUUGAGCUCAACAUGAGAAAACAAAAGAUUUUACUUGCUUUCCAGGCGGUUAAACAGCUCAUUAAAUUGGAUGAGAACAAUCCAGACAGUCACCGCUGUUUGAUAAAGUUCUUCCACAAGAUAAACAGUCUUCCUACUCCUGGGACUGAUUCUGAGAAGCUAAUUUGGAAUGUCUUGGAAGCCGAACGACCAGACAUAAGGCAAUUACAUGGGAAGUCUCUCAUUGAAGUAAACAGAAGUUUCCUCGAAAAACACAACGCUUCGUUGACGCACCGAGCAGCAGCUGCUGAAAUGAUGUAUCUCUUGGAGCCAGAUAAGAAGAUGGAGGCAAUUAAAUUAAUUGAAGAUUCGACAAACAACGCAUCUUCAGGAAAUAAUGUGCUUGGUCCUGUGAAUGAAUGGCAAAUUCAAGAUUGUAUUGAUGUUCACAAAUUGCUGGAGACAGUCUUUGGCGACCAGGAUGUUGCAAAUAGGUGGAAGACACGCUGUGCAGAAUAUUUUCCUUACUCGACAUACUUUGAAGGCAUCAUGAGUGCUAUUGCAGCAUAUGUUGUCGACCAUAAUCUCGAGAAUUCACCAGAAAAUGGAAUUGCCCCAAAUCCUCAGUUGAAAUCAAAUGAGGGAGAGCUAGGUGCUUUGAAUGGAACUGUGCAUAUUGUUGAUGAUUUGAGCAGCUUAAGCAUUCGGUGAUGCAUCAAGUAGCUGCCUGGUUACAUCUGGAACAGAACAUAUUUUAGAACUGGAGCCAGUACCCAAUUGACCAAAGUGCACAGACACAAAAGGGGGAACAAAGUGCCCUGGUGCAAUUACUUGUCGGCGCAUUUCAUUUGAAGAGUAUAUUAUUGGUUGGGAGCUGAGGUCUCUUCAAUGUGGUUAUUAUCUCAGUUCCAGCUUGUACCUUUUUGUUGCCAUUUUGUAGACAGUGAAAGAAUAACCUUUUGUCCCAGAUAUGGUGAAGUUUGUGCCAGCGUUUGUUGCCUGGUAGCAUCAGGGUGUGAUGAUUCACUUGAAGCAGCGGGUCAUGGAUUCGUUGUGUGGGUCGUUCUAUUGUCUACCGCUACUCGCUCACUCUUGUUGAACUACAAAAUUUUGGCAUAAAGCAGGUGUAUAAUCUUAAACCUUUUUUAAUUUACAACAUGUGUUUCGUGAUGGUGUGUCUGGGGUUGCCUUAAUCCCUUUGCUUUUGUAUCUUUUGCUCCUCGACAUUGUAAAUUAGUUAACCUUGAACAUAGAAAUUGUAUUUCAGUUGUCCUGAGAAAUAAUGAUCAAUGUUAACUGUGGGUGUUUCACAUA